AUGUUAACAAACUCACACAAACAGCUGAUUGCAGUAAUCCUGUGUCAGUCCACGAAAGGUAGAGACAAACUUGAGGAAACAGUUUUAAAGAAGAUAUCGUUGUAUAGAGCUGUAGGUCAUAGUGUUGUUCAGCACAAAGCACCUAAGAUGGCUUUCACGACAACAGCGCAGCCCUUUGCGCGUUUUUUCCUCUUUCUCAUAAYUGCAAUGAUUAUAUCWGUUCAAGUUGAAUAUGUAAGAUCGGAGUGCUGGAGUGGGAAUGUCCCUGCAGUCAAGGUCAACGUCAUCGAUAAUCUGGAAAGUGGUAAAAUGCAUCCUUUUAUAGUCAAUAUAAUGGGUAUUUUAUCAAAGAAAUGCAUUGGAAAAGACCACAAACCAUGUUCUGACAGUGAUACGUACUGCGUUGGAUCACAACACAUGUACUUCACAUACCAGCUAGAAAAUGUAAUUAUAGAUCCCUGUGGAAAGAAACCGUGUCAAAAUGGUGGAAAGUGUACCUUCGGAGAAAGCACUUACUCGUGUGAUUGUAAACCUGGUUACAAGGGAAAGAACUGUGAAUCAGAAAUAGACGAAUGUGCUUCAAAACCAUGUCAAAAUGGCGGUGAAUGCAAAGAUGAAAUCGGCUCGUAUUCCUGUGCUUGUAAAGCUGACUUCAGUGGAAAGAAUUGUGAAAACAUUAUAAAUAGCUGUGACAGCAAGCCAUGCCAAAAUGGCGGUGUUUGUAAAGAUGGAGUCGGCUCGUACUCCUGUGAAUGCAAAGAAGGAUUUAAUGGCAAUGAUUGUGAAAAUGAUGUGGACGACUGUGCCCUCAACCCCUGCCAAAAUGGCGGUAAAUGUAUCGAUGGAGUCAAUUCUUACACAUGUAAAUGCGCUGAUGGUUACAAUGGACCAAACUGCGAAACAAAUGUGGACGACUGUGCCCUCAACCCCUGCCAAAAUGGCGGUAAAUGUAUCGAUGGAGUCAAUUCUUACACAUGUAAAUGCGCUGAUGGUUACAAUGGACCAAACUGCGAAACAAAUAUUGACGACUGCUCACCAAAUCCGUGCAAAAAUGGCGGUCAGUGUAUCGAUGGAGUCAAUUCUUACGAAUGCAAAUGCAAACCUGGUUUCCAAGGACCAAACUGUAAAACCAAUAUUGAUGACUGUUCACCAAAUCCGUGCAAUAUUGGCUCCAAAUGUAUCGAUGGAGUCGAUUCUUACUCAUGUGAAUGUGCUGUUGGCUACAUUGGGAAUCAUUGUGAAACGAAUAUUGACGACUGUGCCCCUAACCCUUGUAAAAACGGCGGUAAAUGUAUCGAUGGAGUCAAUGCUUAUAAAUGCGUGUGUGCUACUGGUUUUAAUGGAAAGAACUGCGAAAACAAUGUCGACGAAUGUGCCAAUAAGCCUUGUCAAAAUGGCGGUAUAUGUUUCGACGGAAUCAACUCUUAUAAUUGCAUAUGCGUUCCUGGUUAUGGCGGGAAGCACUGUGAGACUAAUGUAGACGAAUGUGCCAAUAAGCCUUGUCAAAAUGGCGGCCAAUGCAUCGAUGGAGUCAAUUCUUACACAUGCAAAUGUGUUCUUGGUUACACUGGACCAAACUGCGAAACCAAUGUAGACGAUUGUGCGAAGAAGCCUUGUUUCAAUGGUGGAAAGUGUAUCGAUGGAGUCAACUCGUAUACAUGUAGCUGCACAGCGAAGUACACUGGAAAAAAUUGUAUAAAAAAUGUAGACGAAUGUGCCAAUAAGCCUUGUCAAAAUGGCGGCCAAUGCAUCGAUGGAGUCAAUUCUUACACAUGCAAAUGUGUUCUUGGUUACACUGGACCAAACUGCGAAACCAAUGUAGACGAUUGUGCGAAGAAGCCUUGUUUCAAUGGUGGAAAGUGUAUCGAUGGAGUCAACUCGUAUACAUGUAGCUGCACAGCGAAGUACACUGGAAAAAAUUGUAUAAAAAUUAAAACCGACUUUGCUAUUAAAAUCGAACGUGCUUAUGAAGACGAUUACGUAGAAGUCAACAGAAAACUUCCCACUUUGAAGGCGUUCACGAUGUGUCUUUGGGUAAAGACCCAGGAUAAGAGUGCUAGCACUACUAUCGUUAGUUAUGGUAGACAGCGAACUGUUAGCGAAUUAAAACUCUACAAUCCAAGCAGUCUUAGUAUAAAUAUGAAAACUCAGAAAACUAACUUCAGAUCUGAUAUAACAGACAAUCGGUGGCAUCAAUUAUGUGUGACAUUUUCAAGAACUUCGUAUGACAAGCUCAUUUUAUAUGUAAAUGGAUUUUACAGUGGCUUUGGUCACAUAUGGGACACCUUUUUAACGGAGGGAGGGAAGCUCCUCAUUGGCCAAGAUCAAAUGAUCCAGAAUCAGCGUAACUUCAUUGGUGAAAUCACAGGAUUUAAUAUGUGGGAUAAGGCAUUUACACAAGGAGAGAUCAAUUCUAUGUUGUCGGAUAAAUGCACAAUGUCGCCAAGAGGGAACGUGGUUCAAUGGAGUGACGUCGUUUCCAGUCCCUUGCGUGGCGUUGUUCCUUUGAUUCCCAGUUCCUGUAAGACUUUUUACAUCGAUACCAAUGUUAAUGUCAAGUUCAUCAAAGAGCCUUCUGGAAACUCUAAACUCACCGUCUAUAGAAUGCUCCCCGAAAUGAAGGCAAUGACGCUGUGUCUAUGGAUGAAGUUCGACAGACACAGACGACCUCGCUCUGUUAUCGUAGAAUAUGAAGUAACACGUGAUUUAAGCCCUGAAAUCCUGCUUGUGAAUAGUCUUGAUGGUCUUCAAUUUUGGAUACAACAUUUGAAAUGGGAUUCUAAGAUAAAAAUAAACGAUGCUAACUGGCAUCUGUUGUGCGUCACAUGGACCAGCAGCAAUGGUAAAAUAGAAUUAUAUUUAGAUGGAACUUUGAGGGCAUCUGACAACGAUUUCAGGAAAGGUAGCCUCAUCGGCGACAAAGGUGACAUCAGGGUUGGCUGGGAGGAUGCCUGGAGUAUACCUUCCAGAGAAACCGACGUCUUUCACCUUUAUAGGAUAGAGAUGUGGAACAGAACUCUUUCUGAAAAGGAGAUCAGUGACGAAGUGUCAAAGAAGUGUAGGACGACCCUAGUGGGUAAUGUCCUUGAAUGGAGUGACGUCAUUUCCGGUAACAAGGAGGGCAAAGUUUCGACAGAAUCCAAUUCCUGUAAAAAUACUCAACGAACUGACUAUUGCACUAGCAAUCCAUGUCAAAACGAUGGUGUUUGUAUUGGUAAACAUGCAGCAGGGUACUGGUGUGAUUGUCAACCUGGAUACGGUGGAGAGAACUGCCAAAACAAAAUCGAUUUUUGUGGCAAAAAUCCAUGCCAAAACGAUGGUACAUGCAUUCGAACAGAUAUCUAUUACUCCUGUAAAUGCAAAAAUGGCUUCAGUGGGGACAACUGUGAGAACAAUAUAGACGAGUGUGCUUCGAACCCAUGUCAAAAUGAGGGCAAUUGCCAUGAUAGAGACGGCUUUUAUGAAUGCGAAUGCAAAAAAGGAUUCAAUGGAACGAACUGUGAAAAAAAUGUAGACGAAUGCGUUUCAAAUCCUUGUAAAAAUGGCGGUGUUUGCAAAGAUGUAAUCGGCUCUUACACCUGUCAAUGUAAAGAUGAAUUCGUUGGGAAGAAUUGUGAAAUUGAUACAGACGUCGCUAUCAAGAUAUCGCGGGCGUCAGUAGAGGAUUACGUGUUGGUGAAGAAGACGUUCCCGAAAAUUUCCGAAUUAACAGUGUGUGUGUGGGUGAAGACUGCAGACAAAAGAGACGCCAGUACUAUUUUUAGUUAUUCCGUGCCUGACAAUGAUAAUGAACUGACGCUGAAUCGCCCUAAGAACCUUCGGGUUUUYAUGGAUCGAAAGAGUUGGAGUACUUCAGUGGAUAUAACGGACAACCUGUGGCACCACGUUUGUCUAACCUAUCACUACUGGUUUGGGAAUAGAGCACGCAUAUAUCUAGAUGGGAUAAUGCAGAAAGGCACGAGAGAUUUCAAUACACAGAUUCGUGGAAAAGGGAAGCUGAUCAUUGGUCAAGAGCAAGAUAUUGAUACGUACGUCGCUAUCAAGAUAUCACGGGCGUCAGUAGAGGAUUACGUGUUGGUGAAGAAGAAACUCCCGGGAAUGAGAGCAAUGACAAUAUGUCUGCGGGUGAAGACUGCAGACAAAAGAGAUGACAGUACUAUUUUUAGUUAUUCCAUGCCUGACAGUGACAAUGAGCUGGUACUAAGUCGUCCUAAGAGCCUUCGGGUUGUCUUAGCAAGACAUACAACAUGGAGUACUUCAGUCGAUAUAGCRGACAACCUGUGGCACCACGUUUGCCUGAGCUAUAGUCAUUAUAAUGGCAAAGUACGCAUAUUUSUAGAUGGGACAUUAAAGAAAGAUAAAACAGUUUCCUCAAUACCGGUUCGUGGAAAUGGAAAGCUGAUCAUUGGACAAGAGCAAGAUAGUUUUGGUGGAGGAUUUGAUAAGAACCAAAAUUUUAUUGGUGAACUUACAGGACUGUAUAUAUGGGACUGGGUCCUUGGCAGUUAUACCAUAAAAAAAAUGAAGGAAAAAUGCAGUAAAGCCGAGAGGGGCGCAAAAAUUACAUGGAGUGACGUCAUUUCCGGUAGUAUUCACGGCGAGGUUACUUUGAUUUCCAAKUCUUGCAGAGAUACAGAAAUUGAUACCGACGUUGCUAUCAAAAUAAAGCGGGCGUCAGUAAAAGAUUACGUUGAAGUCCAAAGAAAGCUCCCCGAAUUGAGUGCAUUAACAAUGUGUUUGUGGGUAAAAACAAAGGACGACCGAGAUGCCAGUACUAUAGUUAGCUAUUCAGUUCCUGGAAAUGAUAUAGACGAGUGUGCUUCGAACCCAUGUCAAAAUGAGGGCAAUUGCCAUGAUAGAGACGGCUUUUAUGAAUGCGAAUGCAAAAAAGGAUUCAAUGGAACGAACUGUGAAAAAAAUGUAGACGAAUGCGUUUCAAAUCCUUGUAAAAAUGGCGGUGUUUGCAAAGAUGUAAUCGGCUCUUACACCUGUCAAUGUAAAGAUGAAUUCGUUGGGAAGAAUUGUGAAAAAAAUAUAGACGAAUGUGCGUCAAACCCUUGUMAAAAUGGCGGAGUUUGUAAAGAUGGAGYUGACUCUUACUCUUGUGAAUGUAAAGUUGGAUUCAGUGGACAAGACUGCAAAGAAAACAUAGAUGAGUGUGCWUCAAACCCUUGUCAAAAUGGCGGMGUUUGUAAAGAUGGWGUCGGCUCAUACUCUUGUGAAUGUAAAGAGGGAUUCUUUGGACAGGACUGUCAAGACGACACAGACGUGUGUGCAUCAAACCCUUGUAAAAAUGGCGGAGUUUGUAAAUAUGGARUCGASUCUUACUCUUGUGGAUGUAAAGAGGGAUUUGAUGGAAAGAACUGCGAAAAAAAAAUUGACCCUUGCUCCAAACAACCUUGUCAAAAUGGCGGUGUUUGUAAUCUAGCCGAUGGAGUCGCCUCAUAUUCCUGUGAAUGUAGAGUUGGUUACAAAGGGAAAAACUGUGAAAACAAUAUAGACGAGUGUGCUUCGAACCCAUGUCAAAAUGAGGGCAAUUGCCAUGAUAGAGACGGCUUUUAUGAAUGCGAAUGCAAAAAAGGAUUCAAUGGAACGAACUGUGAAAAAAAUGUAGACGAAUGCGUUUCAAAUCCUUGUAAAAAUGGCGGUGUUUGCAAAGAUGUAAUCGGCUCUUACACCUGUCAAUGUAAAGAUGAAUUCGUUGGGAAGAAUUGUGAAAAAAAUAUAGACGAAUGUGCGUCAAACCCUUGUMAAAAUGGCGGAGUUUGUAAAGAUGGAGYUGACUCUUACUCUUGUGAAUGUAAAGUUGGAUUCAGUGGACAAGACUGCAAAGAAAACAUAGAUGAGUGUGCWUCAAACCCUUGUCAAAAUGGCGGMGUUUGUAAAGAUGGWGUCGGCUCAUACUCUUGUGAAUGUAAAGAGGGAUUCUUUGGACAGGACUGUCAAGACGACACAGACGUGUGUGCAUCAAACCCUUGUAAAAAUGGCGGAGUUUGUAAAUAUGGARUCGASUCUUACUCUUGUGGAUGUAAAGAGGGAUUUGAUGGAAAGAACUGCGAAAAAAAAAUUGACCCUUGCUCCAAACAACCUUGUCAAAAUGGCGGUGUUUGUAAUCUAGCCGAUGGAGUCGCCUCAUAUUCCUGUGAAUGUAGAGUUGGUUACAAAGGGAAAAACUGUGAAAACAUUGAUACAGACGUCGAUAUCAAGAUAUCGCGCGCGUCAGUAGAGGAUUACGUGUUGGUGAAGAAGAAACUCCCGGSAAUGAGCGCAAUAACAGUGUGUCUGUGGGUGAAGACUAAAGACGAAAGAGAUGCCAGUACUAUCUUUAGUUAUUCCGUGCCUGGCAAUGAUAAUGAGCUGGUACUAAGUCGCCCUAAGAAACUUCGGGUUUUCAUAGCAGGAGAGACUUGGAGUACUUCAUUAGAUGUAACGGACAAUGUGUGGCACCACGUUUGUCUAACCUAUGAUUUUAAUGAUAAGAUGAACGCAGUCAUAUAUCUAGAUGGGGUGUUUGAGGGAUUUAGAGAUUUCUCAAACACGAUUCGUGGAAAAGGAAAGCUGAUCAUUGGACAAGAGCAAGAUAAUUUUGGUGGAGGAUUUGAUAAGAACCAAAAUUUCAUUGGUGAACUUACAGGACUGUAUAUAUGGAACCGGGCAYUUGACAAUCUGGACAUAAGGAAUAUGAAGGACAAAUGCGGUAAGCCCAUAUCGGGCUCAAUCAUUAAAUGGAGUGACGUCAUUUCYGGUAGUAUCCAUGGAGACGUUGCUUUGAUUUCCAAUUCUUGYAGAGAUACAGACAGUAAGGAUACUAAAGCUGACAUUACAGACAACGUUUGGCACCACAUUUGUGUCUCKUGGGAAAGUUCAUCUGGCAAAACAGAAAUCUACUUAGARGGAUCUUUAAAAGGAUCCUCUGUGCUCAAGAAGGGUCAUGUCAUCCCMCCUGRAGGUGYGCUUAUCAUUGGCCAAGAACAAGACAAAGUUGGUGGAGGGUUUUCUUCGUCACAAAACUACAUCGGACAGCUUUCAGUAAUCAACAUAUUUGAUGRAAUGCCCUCGAAGACUGUGAUUGCUUAUAUGACGUCGYUSCCGCGCUGUAAUUUGGCRGUGGGAAAUGUAUUGUCUUGGAGCGACGUCAUAUACGGCGAGACACACGGCCAAGUACAAUUCGUUCSCCGCUCGAAUUGCCUUAUAACACCAUAG